AUGUCGGAGGCGAAGGAAGGACUGGUCAAGUUUGCAGAAUAUGCGGAUUGUGUUUCAUUUGAUGACUUCAAAGUCAUUUACUAUGCUCGCUUCUUGGAGAAGGACAAGGCGUACGUAAUCAAGAAGAAGGCCAAGCUGGAGCAAGCGGCAAGCGACAUCCGAUUCCUCAAAACCUUUGCAACUCACGUGAUCAAACAGGAGACAAGAAACUUGUAUGCAUCGUAUUUUAAGAAGUUCUGUGAAUUCUGUAUCGCCAACGAGUAUCCUGAUCCAGCGGUGACGCGUCAUCACGAACUGCCUUCGCUUUUGGUUGCGUUUAUGGAGAGUGUAUCCGCGUCCAGUACCGUUUCCAAUCAAACUGCGAAGAAGAUCAGAGCAGCGGUCGCGAACUUUUAUGGCAGUUAUGAGGGCAGAGACGCCGCAGGGCCGGACAAGUGGAUGGUAAUGACAGACGACAGGGGCAACAAAUUUGGCCUUG